AUGGAUUUGAAAUUAGUCAUAAAGUUGAACAUAUUUUCCAUCUUUGCCUUGCUUGCCAUCAAUGUAGUCUACAGUGCUCAUCUCGAUGAUUUCGAAUGCUAUAAUCCAGGUACCCGAGGUUCGGAUUAUUUCGGCCACAAAAACGUAACACGAAAUGGCAAUCGUUGCUACCGUUGGUCGCAAUUAAUAAUUUUACCUUACGGUGUUCAACCGUAUAAGCAUAAUUUCUGUCGAAAUGAUAAUCAUCGCUAUGGUGGACCAUGGUGUUUCAUUAAUGAGCAUAUCUGGGAUUACUGCGACAUACCCAGUUGUUUGUUUAUCCACGAAAAGAGGAAUCGAUAUCCAGCUACCUUGCCUAAAUUGCCUCUCCUGUAUAAUAAACCUCAAAUUUUAGUUAAAACGAAAGCAUUAAUUAUCACGGAGACCAUUGCUCGCACAACUACUACAACCAAAACAGUGACUGAAACGAAAUUAAUGUCAAGUGCGGUGCCACGAAUUGAAACGACAACUAUUAUUUCCACGGUUGUUCAGCCAACGCCAGUUCCGUCAAUUCCAACUUCAAUCCAAGUGAUCACCAUUACUCCAUCUGAUGUUCCUCCUGUUAUUUUACGAACUACCAUUGUUUCUCCAAUUUCCACGACAAUUACUUCAACGCACACUGCCUUCAUGAAUGUAACUGUGACCAAAUUUUUAAGCACGGAGCCUUUGACUACGGUAACUGAAUAUCAAACUGUCACUUUACUUCAUAACGAAUAUGAACCAGGCUUUGGGGAACGAAGUCAAAUCGAUUACUAG